CACAGAUCUUCACAAGAAGUAUGAUAAACUAAUGAAAGAAAACCUGGACUUACAGCUCGAGGUCGAUAUCUUGAAGAUCAAUCUUACUGUGGUAGAACAAAAUACGAAACCAGCUUCUUCGUUUGCUUAUUUUGAGAAAGUUCAAGAUAUUCAAACUAUUGGAGCAAUGUCAUCACAGACAUUUAACAUUAAUGGACAGACGUUUGUUGCGGUUGCCUACAAWAAUGAUAAUCAGAUUGGAACGGUUUACUCGGUGGUGUUCAAAAUGAAUGAUGAAAGAAAACUUGAACACUUUCAGUACUUAUCCCCUGACCCGGUACAUGGUAGYUACAAACUCAAACAUUUUACCAUAAAUGAUGAACAUUACUUGGCCAUUGCAGUAUUGUUACAGCACAGUACGUUUGCAACAUACUCUGAGAUCUACAAGUGGAAUGGAAGGAUGUUUGUUAAGUUCCAGUACAUCAGGACGUAUGGUGCGAAAGACGUCGGAUUCUGGACCAUUGRAGACGAGCAUUUCCUUUGUAUUGCUAACAGUAACAAUGGCAUGUCGAGAAAUAUUGAUUCAUUCAUAAUGAAAUGGGUAGCAGGAAAGUUUGUGCAUUUUCAAAAGAUCAAAACAGCAGCUGCUACUGCAUGCGAAGCGUUCUCGAUAGACUCCAAYCAUUUCCUUGUGUUUGGAAAUAGUAUCUUUAGUACCGGCAACCCAUCAGCUUCGUCAAUAAUUUACAAAUGGGAAAACAACAAGUUUGUWGAGUUUCAGUCAAUCACUACGUACAAUGUUCGAGAUGUUCACUAUUUCAAGAUUGGAGAGCGUCACUUCCUGGUCUUUGCAAAUCACAAAAACUUGUUUCGUUUUGAAAUUGACUCAUACAUCUACAUGUGGAGUGGAGGGCGAUUCUCUCUUUAUCAAAGCAUCCAAACUACAGGAGUCUCUGCAGUGACGUCAAUGAAGAUCAAUAGCGAAACAUACUUGAUAUUUGCCAAUGAAAGAAACAACUUAUUYUUUAAACCACCAUCUUUGGUAUACAAGGCCAGCGGUGCUAAAUUCAUUUAUCAUCAUUCACUGUAUACGGUUGGUGCUAUGGGUGUCACUGGAUUCGUGCAUCAAGGUCAUGCGUACCUCUUUAUUGCCAGCCACUUCGAUGGAAAGACGUUUCGGCUUAGCAGUACUCUGUAUCGAUGGACAUAAUGGGACACUGGGAUUGCUUUAGAAAGUGGUAUUUCUUCAAUGUCAGCAAAUACGUAUAGGGUUAUAAACUUUAGUCAUGUAAUCUGUUAUAUAUAGACAAGGAUUCCUCUUUACUGCAUGCAAACAAUAAACACAAUAAUAACUGGA